CCCCUUUAAAGGCCGUUUUCCACUUGGCGGAAAUUCCCGAGCGGGCAGGAAAUUUCCGCCCGCGCGAUUCUCAGUUUCAAUUUCCAUUGAGCGGGAAAUUUUGAGCACGGCAAUGAAUAUGAACAAAUAUGGCUGCUAUAAACAAGCUUGUGUUGUUGCAAAAAAAAAUCUUGAUUUUGAUCAUUUUAAGAAGAAGAUUUCGAGGAAGAAUUGGAAAAUACAAAAAAAGUAUGUGGGUUAGGCAGUUAUUCAAGGACCGUGCGAGAAGAGGAGAAUUCAACAUUUUGGUGAAGGAUAUGAUGAUGUUUGAUCAUUUUUACUUUUUUCAAACCUUCCGGAUGCAUCCACAUAUUUUAGAAACUUUGAUUUCUUGGGUUGGACCUUUCAUUAAAAAAUCGUCAUUUAGAAGAGAAACAACCUCUCCAGCCGAGCGACUGUGUUUAACAUUACGUUAUUUAGCCACGGGAGAUGCUCAAAUUUCACUUGCCACUCGAUUUCGGAUAAGUCCAGCGACUGUUGGGAGAAUUAUCAGAGAAACCUGUCAGGUUUUAUGGAAUGUCUUGUCAGAAAAAGGUUAUCUUGAUGUUCCGAACUCAAAGGAAAAAUGGUUAAAAAUAGCUAAUGAUUUUAGAGAUACGUGGAACUUUCCGAACUGCAUUGGUGCAAUUGAUGGGAAACACGUCGUUAUACAAGCUCCUCCGAGAAGCGGGUCCAUGUUUUACAAUUAUAAAAAAACAUAUAGCAUCGUGUUGCUCGCUGUGUGUAAUGCGAACUAUGAAUUCACACUGGUUGAUGUAGGAGAAUAUGGUAGACAGAGUGAUAGCGGAGUUUACACUAGCAGCAACUUAGGACAAGCAAUUGAUAAUAAUUUACUUAACAUACCAACGCCAAGAGCGAUACCAGGCUACUACUCUAAUAAAAUGUUCCCGUUCACCUUUGUUGCUGAUGAAGCAUUCGCACUGAAAACAUUCAUGAUGCGACCAUUCCCACGCAGAAAUGUCCUCGACUCAUCAGAAAUAAUUUUCAACUAUCGUUUGUCACGUGCAAGGAGAGUGAUAGAAAAUUCAUUCGGAAUUUUAGCAAGUCGUUUUCGAAUUUUUCGAAGACCGAUAAUUGCGAACGCUGACAACGUAAAGUUCAUCACAAAAGCUGCAAUAGCGCUUCACAAUUUUCUCAUGAAAUCACAAUCAGCUACUCAUACGUAUUGUCCACCUGAGCUAGUUGAUCAGGAAACUAUGAGAUUUACAAGGCCUGGUCAGUGGCGAUCAGACAUAACUAAUGGUGGGGCCCUGACACAUUUAGUAUCACAGGGGUCUCACAACUUCACCAGGGAUGCAAAAACAGUGCGUGAAGAUUUCAAAGUAUACUUCAAUUCAAUUGAUGGUGCUGUAGGUUGGCAAGAAGAAAUGGUAAAUAGCACAACAAAUCCUUUCGAUGAAGAAUAUUGAACAUGAAUACAAUAUACAGCUAUAGUAAAUUAAUAUAUACUGGUAUAUAAUAUAUAACAUUUGUGUGAGUUGCAAAAUAUGAAGAAAAAAAAAAUUCAUUUAAAAGCUGUUUUUUUGCGUAUGUCUGUGUGUGUAUGGUCCUUGUACCUGAGUAGCCCAGUGCAAAAAAAGCGUUGUAAUGUUCGAUUUCAGAUGGCGAACCUAAUUUUGUUUUGAAAGUCCGUUGAACUUACACUACCUACUUGAAUUGAACCUAUUGGUACUCAGGACUUUCAAAAUUUCUUGACUACAAAGUCAAACUGACCUACUUUUUUGCAGGUCACGAAAUAUGGAAGAUUGAGCUUGCUCAAAAUCAAAAAAAGAAAUUACACAUUGGCACAUACUCAUUAAUUUUCAGAAGUACAACUUCAUAGUUGACCACCUUUAUUCAUAUAAACAACUAAUCAUGUUUUAGAAUAGUCGAAGACAGCUUUUUAUGUGCAAAGAAUGCAAAGGGAUA